AGCCGCAGGAAUAUGCUGGAAGCCGGCAGGCGGGCGCCCGGGAGGUGCUGAAGGGACAGUUCCCGCCGCCUUACUUGCCCCGCAGCGGGCGGGUGGGGCGGCCCUAGAGCCAGCUGGGCACGUGAGCGAUGGAGACCAUCUGGAUCUACCAGUUCCGCCUCAUCGUGAUCGGGGACUCCACAGUGGGCAAGUCGUGCCUCCUGCACCGCUUCACUCAGGGCCGCUUUCCUGGGCUGCGCUCCCCAGCCUGCGACCCCACCGUCGGCGUGGACUUCUUCUCCCGCCUGCUGGAGAUCGAGCCGGGCAAGAGGAUCAAGCUGCAGCUCUGGGACACGGCGGGACAGGAGCGGUUCAGAUCAAUAACUCGAUCUUAUUACCGCAACUCGGUUGGUGGAUUUUUAGUAUUUGACAUUACUAACCGACGAUCUUUUGAACAUGUGAAAGAUUGGCUAGAAGAAGCAAAAAUGCAUGUACAACCAUUUCAGAUUGUAUUUCUGCUAGUGGGACAUAAAUGUGAUUUAGCUUCACAACGUCAAGUUACAAGGGAAGAAGCUGAAAGACUGUCAGCAGACUGUGGUAUGAAGUAUAUAGAAACCUCAGCAAAAGAUGCUACAAAUAUUGAGGAAUCCUUCACUAUCUUGACAAGAGACAUAUAUGAGCUUAUUAAAAGGGGAGAAAUUUGUAUUCAGGAUGGCUGGGAAGGGGUUAAAAGUGGUUUCGUUCCUAAUACUGUGCAUUCUUCUGAGGAAGCAGUAAAACCCAGGAAAGAGUGCUUCUGCUGACUUCAUACAUGCCAAAGAACUAAGAACAGAUUGGGUGUCAUUUCAGGAUAAAUACCAACAUUAACAACAGAAUGAUGUGAUGAAAGCAUUUAAAAAAGUUAUAAACCCAUGCUAACACAAUUUUGUAAGGUAUUUCAUUCAGAGCAAUAUGCUUACUUGUUAAACUACCAGAUUGGUAUUUUGCUAAAUUAUCAAGCAAAGCAGAUGACUUUUUCUGGAAACUGGAGUAUCUACAUAAUUGCCUCCAUUCUCACUUUGUUAGCAUAUAACUGACCAUAAUAUCCAAAUAUGUCAAUAUUACUCAUUUUUCUUGACAGUUUGAAAUGGAUGUUUUGUGCAUAUAUAAUCUGAUUGAAAAGAUUUUACCAGGAAUUACAUUCUCUAGUGUUAAUUAAUUAAUAUUAAAUAGUAAAGUGGAUUUAAAAGUGCACUGUUUACUUACAAAGUAAACAAUCACAGAGCUAUUAACUAGGCCUAAAAUAACAAUUCCUUGUUUAAGGUACCAGGUUUUUAACCAUUCUCUGAAAUAUUUAUUCUCCCUUAAUUUUGCCUGAACAUGAGAAGAUAAGUUUUAUAUUAAUUUUUGUUCUCUGAUUUAUUGCUCCUGAAAAUUUUAUGUUUUAUAAAGAUAUCUAAGGAUCCAAGCAAAAGGUUUUAUUGCAAAUGUUUUGUUGUUAUAGUAUACUGUCCUUAUUUAGAUAAGAAAAACUUAGCCAUUUUGUCCAGAUUUUCAAAUGUGUUGGUAUAAAGCUAGCAUAGUAUUAUUUUGUAAUUAAAAAAAAAAUUCUCUCUGUUUUAUAGCUAGUCCCAUCUCUAUCAUAUUUGCCAAAUGUUGCUUAUUUUACUGGUCUUUCUAAAGGACAAUGUUUUGGUUUUGUCAAGUUUACUGCUUUUCUUCUCUAUUUUUGACUUUUCUCUUGAUUAAUUUUGUCCUUCCACUCUUGGAUUUACCUUGUUCUUUUUCUAUGUCUACUGUCCAUUUCCUGUAGCUUCAAGAGCCAUUUUCAACAACUCAACGAGCUCUGCCGGCUGUGUCAUGGCCACUUCAUCAUAUGCCAUUAAAACUUAAUCUCAUACACUG